CUUUUCUCGGCCAUCUCUCCCCGACCGCUCUCUGCCCAGAGCUCGGCUGGCUUUUCCUCCGUCUUGCUCAAUCUUGGCGCCUGCUCCUCGCCGUCCUGCCUGCCUAUUGUCUGGCUUGUCGUCUUCCCCCCUGAUCUUCCUCUGUGUCGCUCCGCCCCGGCCCGCACUCCUUCGUCGCCAUGUUCGUUCCCUAUCUGACCCCAGAGUCCGGCACAGACCCCGCUCUCUCGUCCAAGGAGCUGCUUGCUAUCCUCUCCAAGUACGGCCUCGUCUCCGAUCCAAUCUUCAAGCCUGCAUCGGUGCAGGCCCUUCCUGAGGCUGCCCUCUACUCCAGGGAUAUCCCUCAGCUCUCCGUCGCUCUGCCCACCGAUCUGCCUGUCUCGAGCAUCCUCGAUGCUGCCAGAGAUCUCCUUGACGACAGCGUCGCCUGUAUCGUUAUCGACUACAGCCCUGCCGUGGGUCGAUCUGCUACCGACUUUGCAAGCUCGAUCUUGUCAAAGCUCCCUGCCGACCGGGUGGUCGUCUCCCUUGCACUGGACGAGUCGGGCACCAAUGAAAAGUGGCUCUGCAGCACCAUCGAGGCCUUUGCCUCGGCUGUUUCGGGCUUUAUCGUCGUCAUGCAUACCUCUGUCUCGCCUGUCGAGCUCCCGGAUGAGCAGCUCAGCCAGAGCCAUCAGCUGAAUCGCAAGUUCAUCGCUGGCACGAUCGGCCACAUCGGCGCCCUUUACAAGAAAACACCUUCCCUCACUCGAAAGCUGACCCUGUCGCUGCCCAACCAGCUGCUUUCCAUCCCUCUGAUCUCGGCUCUGAAUGCGCGCGAGAUCAAUCUCCUUGCCCCUCAUCGGCAGCUAUCCCCGAUUGAUCUCGGAGAGGCCUAUGCCUCGUGUCUGAUCACCGACCGCUCCGACGGGCUUUUCUCGACCGUUGUGGUCGACGAGCAUGGUGUUGCCCUUGGAUUGGCAUAUUCCUCUGUGCAAAGCAUCUCGGAGGCUAUCAAAACUCGUCAAGGCGUGUACCAGUCUCGAACUCGGGGCCUUUGGUACAAGGGACUCACGUCCGGUGCUACUCAGGCUCUGUUGCGAAUCGAUGCCGACUGCGACCGAGACUGCGUGCGCUUCAUUGUCCGCCAGAAUGGUCCAGGCUACUGCCACUUGAACACUCGUACCUGCUUCGGCCCGGACAGCGGUAUCACUGCUCUGGCCGAGCUGCUGGAAGCUCGAAAGGCCAGUGCCCCCGAGGGCUCGUACACCAAACGCCUUUUCAACGACCCCUUGCUCCUGCGAUCCAAGAUCAUGGAGGAGGCCGAGGAGCUCUGCGAUGCCGCCACUCCCGAAGACAUUGCCUGGGAGGCCGCGGAUCUCAUUUACUUUGCUCUCGCGCGCUGCAUCAGCCAGGGAGUCUCGCUCAGGGAUGUUGAAGCCAAUCUCGAUCGAAAGGCUCGUAAAAUCUCUCGCCGCUCCGGCGACGCCAAGCCCAAAUGGGACUUUACCAAGCCUCCGGCUGAUUCCGGUGCCUCCAAGCCUGAUGUAUCCACCGAGACACCCCAGGCUCCCCGGGCUCCCCAGGCUCCUGCUGCAGUUCCGGAGCCCCUCGUUACCCCGGAGCAGCCGGCCAUCGCCAUGAAAAAGUACACCCUGUCGGCCCUGUCGAAGAGCGAGCAGGCGGAUCUGCUGAUCCGCCCCAUCUUCAAGACCGACGAAAUCAUGGCCCGUGUGCGGCCGAUUGUCGAGUCGGUGUCUCAGCAAGGCGAUCGCGCUCUACUUGAUUAUACAGCCAAGUUCGAUGGUGUCAAGCUCGAUUCUCCUGUCCUUCGCGCCCCCUUUGCCCCGGAGCUCAUGAGUAUCUCCGAGACUGUGCGCUCUGCUAUCGACAUGGCCUACUCGAACGUCGAAAAGUUCCAUGCGGCUCAGCUGGAUACCACUGUGUUGACCGUUGAGACCAUGCCUGGCGUUGUGUGCAGCCGGUUUGUGCGCCCUAUCGAACGGGUCGGCUUGUACGUUCCUGGAGGCUCGGCUGUGUUGCCCUCCACGACCUUGAUGCUCGGUGUCCCCGCCAAGGUGGCCGGCUGUCGUGAGAUUGUGGUGGCCACGCCUCCCCGCAAGGAUGGCUCCAUCUGUCCUGAGGUUGUCUAUGUGGCCCACAAAAUCGGUGCCAGCGUGAUUCUGGCGGCCGGAGGAGCGCAAGCUGUCGCUGCCAUGGCCUACGGAACCGAAUCUGUGCCCAAAGUCGACAAGAUCUGCGGCCCCGGAAACCAAUAUGUCACAUGCGCCAAGAUGAUUGUCCAGAACGAUACCUCUGCUAUGGUUGCCAUCGAUAUGCCCGCCGGUCCCUCGGAGCUCCUGGUCAUUGCCGACAUGUCGUGUAAUCCAGCCUAUGUGGCCUCGGACCUCCUCAGUCAGGCAGAGCACGGCCCUGACAGUCAGGUUGUCCUUUUGGCGGUGGCUCUGACGACCGAAAAGCUGGCCCAGAUCGAAGCCGAGGUUGCCAGUCAGGGUGCUGCCUUGCCGCGUGCCGAAAUCGUGCGAAUCUCGAUUCCCAAGAGCUACAUUGCGCAGCUCGCGACUGUCGAAGAGGCUCUGGACUUUUCAAACCGAUAUGCUCCGGAGCACCUCAUUUUGCACUUGGACGAUGCCGAGAAAUACGUCGAGCUCGUCGAGAACGCAGGAUCCGUCUUUGUCGGCCCCUAUUCGCCAGAGAGCUGCGGUGACUAUGCCUCCGGCACCAACCACACCUUGCCCACAUACGGGUUUGCAAAAAUGUACUCUGGCGUCAAUACCGGAACAUUCGUGAAGCACAUUACGUCGCAGUGCCUCACAAAGCAAGGGCUCGAUCGCCUCGGUGACUGUGUCACGACUUUGGCUGAAAUUGAGGGGCUAGAGGCUCACCGGAAUGCAGUUGCCAUCCGACUGAAGGAUAUUCGACAACAGUAGGGCUUGCGAUGUAGCUGAGAUACAGUCACGCAUUACAACGCACACAAACACAACACACCACUUGUAUUCUUGCAGCUGAUUGUGAGCUCUUUUGAAUGGAAUACACACGCCUCCGCCGCUCA